AUGGAGACCCGCAUUAUCAAGGUCGGUGCCCAAGGGCUGGGCAGUUUCAAGAAGGACAUUGGACCCGAGAGGUUGAGCACUUGGGAAAUCAAUCCAUCCGCCUCAGGCAACUCGAUAGCCGCCCUCCGCGAUGCGGCAGAGUACAUGCGCACCAAGCCAACGCCUGUGGCAUUCCCCACCGAGACGGUCUACGGUCUCGGCGCCGAUGCAACACGGAGCGACGCCGUCAAGGGCAUUUACUCCGCCAAGGGCAGACCGUCAGACAACCCCCUGAUAUCUCAUGUGUGCGACCUUGACAUGCUGAGAGGGUUGUUGCAGCCUGGCAGUGAAAACCGAAUAAAUGGUGUCGCCGGUGGAAAGGAUCCGAUUCCGGAGAUCUACAAGUCGCUUAUUGAAAAGUUCUGGCCCGGUCCUCUAACUAUUUUGCUCAAGAACCCAACACCGAGCAAGCUUGCGCCUGAAGUUACGGCAGGCUUAACAAGCUUUGGUGUCAGAAUGCCUUCAUCGCCUUUGGCACUGACACUUAUCAAACUGGCCAACGUGCCACUGGCCGCGCCUUCGGCAAACGCCUCUACGAAACCUUCGCCCACGACGGCCCAACACGUCUUCCACGACCUGGAAGGACGAAUUGAGCUAAUCUUGGAUGGUGGAGCGUGCCAGGUUGGCGUGGAAAGUACAGUUGUCGACGGCUUGUGCGAUCCGCCUGUUGUCCUAAGGCCAGGAGGUGUAAGCAUGGAGGAGCUACGUAGCUGCCCUGGUUGGGAAGGCGUCAUCAAGGGGUACAAGGACGAGAGUGAGACCGGGAAAUCAGCGCCACGGGCACCAGGAAUGAAGUACAAGCACUAUAGCCCCAAGGCGAAGGUCGUUCUUUACGAGCAUGCCUGCGAGGCGGGUGCCGAGGGCAUUGUAGCCGAGGAUCUGCAAAAGGCACUCAUCCAGCAGAACGGAGAUGCGACGGCGACAAAUGGCGAUGGUGCAGCAUCUGUGCGGAUAGGAAUCAUCCGCACAAGGAGAUGGAAGAGCGCGGGUGGCCUGCAUCACGGCGUGCUUCAUGUUUCAAAGGUUCACGUCGACGGGGCUGCGGAGGCGAAUGCGAGAGAUGAGACGUCAUACGAAGUACACGAGGGUGAGCUUCAGGACGCGGAAGACAGAGCUAUGGCGACUGUGCUCGACAUCGAUUUAGGAGACGAUAUAAGAGGAAUCGCGCAAGGCUUAUUCUCGGCGUUGAGAGAUUUGGAUAGAAGAGGCGCGAACGUCAUCUUUGUGGAUGGUAUUGACGACAGAAAUGACAUUGCAGAGGCCGUAAUGAACAGGCUCCGCAAGGCAGCCUCCGAGAUUCGGGCAUAG